UUUCCCUAUAAAUCUGCCAGCCCUCUCCAACACAUUCUUUGUUUCUCUUACUCUGUCUUUCAGACAUUUUCUUCAUCUUUCUCACUAAAAUAAUCCUUAAAAUAAGAGACAAUUAUACUUCUGAGACUAAAGUGGCUCAUCCUUAAACUUCAUCAAGUACCAUUGAGAGAGAGAGAGACCUAGAGAUUCUAACAACCUUAAGCAUCUGCACCAUCAGAGAAAGGGUGACCAGAUGCUUCCCAUCAAGGUACUCAUUUUUGUUGCCUCAAUUUCAACUGCAUUGGCAGGACCAUGGGGUACUAUGUGUGCUGGAAAAAAUGAAAAUACUAUCAGAGGCUGUGAUAAGUAUGGCUGUGGAAACUUUGGUGCUUCUAGAGGUCAAAGGAAACACACUGGGGUGGAUGUGACGUGCAAAGAUGGAUCAGUUGUGUAUGCCCCUUUCGAUGGAACAAUUGUGAGGCAGGCAAAACCUUAUAAAACAAAUAAUGCUAUUAAUAAUGGUGUUGAGAUAACUGCAACAGGUUAUUGUGUUAAAAUAUUCUACAUCAAGCCUAUUGAAUUAAAGGGUCCUAUCAAGAAGGGAGACAAACUUGGAAUUCUGUUACCCAUGCAGAAAGUUUAUCCUGGAAUAACAUCACAUUUGCAUAUUCAGAAUUGUGACUUGAGUGAUCCUACUUCAUAUCUAUGAAUAAAAAGAUGACAACUUACACUUUCACUUUUUAAAAAUGACCUUAAAAUUGCAAUCUGAUUAUCAUUUUAUUGUAUUCUUUAAUCUCUUUGCCUCAAAUUAUAUUUCUGAUGCCUAUUUUUCCAACAGAUACCUGAAAUAAACAAAGUCAAUGCAG